AUGAAGAACGAAUCUACCACCAUUGAUGUCCAUGGAGAAUCUAGCUCAGCCAUGAAAGGCAAAGCUCCUCUUAUAGGUUUGGCUACUAGUGGUGGCUCAGGUGGAUACAAGAGAGGUCUCACAAUCUUCGACUUCCUCCUCCGUUUAGCUGCCAUCAUUGCAGCAGCAGUCGCCGCCGCAACAAUGUUUACAAGCGACGAGACUCUUCCAUUCUUCACACAGUUCUUACAGUUCGAAGCUGGCUACGACGAUCUACCAACUUUCCAGUUCUUUGUGAUUGCCAUGUCCUUGGUUGCUGGAUAUCUCGUCUUGUCUCUUCCUUUCUCCGUCGUCACCAUCGUCCGCCCUCUCGCCACCGCCCCAAGACUCCUCUUGCUUGUUCUUGACACUGCGGUUCUGGUUUUGAACGUGGCGGCUGCAUCAUCGGCGGCGGCGAUAUCGUAUCUUGCACACAGUGGAAACCAGAACACGAACUGGCUUCCCAUUUGCCAACAGUUUGGAGACUUUUGUCAGAAAACAAGCGGAGCUGUUGUCUCCUCCUUUAUCUCCGUCGUCUUCUUCACCAUCCUCAUCGUUCUCUCCGGCGUUGCUCUCAAAAAGCACUAA